UUGAUUCUUGACACAGCCAUGGAGUUAGAGAGCUUCAGGGUAGGUCUUACCCCGACAGUAUUCUACAUUCCCAGUUUUAUAACUGAUGAAGACCAAACUCAGCUCCUCAAUCAUAUAUAUGGAGCUUCUGGUUCCAAGUGGAAGACAUUAAAGAACAGAAGAUUACAGAACUGGGGUGGUAUGGUCCAUGAAAAGGGUCUUGUUCCACAAGAAUUGCCGUCUUGGCUGACAAAGAUUACAGCGAAAAUUCAUGAAAGCUCGGGUCUUUUCCCUGCUGCUAUCAAUCAUGUCCUCAUCAACGAAUACCAUCCUGACCAAGGGAUAAUGCCGCACCAAGAUGGACCCGCUUAUUUUCCUGUUGUAGCUAUCCUGUCUCUAGGCUCACCUGCCGUUAUGGACUUUCGUCCGCAUUUAAGAUUAAGAUCAGGCGACGAUGGUAUUUCCAGAGAUCAAGGUUCAUGUGCAGAGAGUUGUGUGCCAGAGAGAGAUAAUCAACGCUCAUUCUCUGUCUUGAUGAUGCCUCGAAGCUUACUGAUCUUUAAAGAUGAAGCAUACUCAGAUUUCCUCCAUGGCAUUAGCGAUAGUCCAACACAAUGCUACAAGCAGGUCGUUAAUGAAGCUGAAGCUUUUGCUUACUCGGAGAAUUCUAGUGAAGAUUCAAGAACAGAUGGUGACAAGAUUCUUCACAGAGACCAAACUCGGGUUUCACUUACUUGCCGUUUAGUGCCCAAAGUCCAUAAGAAUCUGUUCAGGUUUUAA